AUGCAGCGCGCGGGCGGGAGCAAACAAGCAAUGUCAUCUAAUGAACAAGAAAGGCUCUUCUGUUAUAAUGGAGAAGUCCUUGUUUUUCGUUUGACUAAAGGAAAUUUUGUAGAUGAAGGGCCUACAAAAACACCUGUGUUACAUGUCAGAAGAAUGGUGUUUGACAGAGGAACAGGAGUAUUUGUUCAGAAAUCCACUGGAUUCUUUAGCAUAAAAGAAGAAUACUCUAAUUUAAAAAUUAUGGGUUGCGACUGUGUUUCAGAUUUCAGAACUGGAAUUAAUCUGCCUUAUAUUAUGAUACAGUGCAUUAAAGAGACUAACAUUUUCAGAUAUUUUCUACUAUUUCUUCACAGUACCAAUAAAUUUGAAAAGCGUUUGAGUUUUAGACUACUCUAUGAGUUGAAGGACAGCAUAAGGGUCCUUAAUGGCCCUUUAGUUUUAUGGAGACAUGUCCAAACAUUAUUUUAUAUCUCUUCCCAAACUGGCAAAGUUGUUACUGUGUCCAUUAAGUUUUCCUCUAUUGAGUGGGCAGGGGAGAUUGAAAAUGUAGGUAUGGUUUUGUUAGGACGAAAGACAUGUUACUUAUCUGAGGAAGGAUGUACCCCACAGCCUUCAAAAUCAGAUUAUGCAACUUGGAAUACUCAAUUUUGUGUAUACUCCCUUGAAAGGGGAGAAGUAAUAAAUGAUACAUACAUUAUCCCUCCUGCUUAUACCAGUGUGAUAACAUGUGUGCAUGUCUGUGCAACUGAGAUUGUCAACAACCAGUUAAGAAUGUCUCUGAUAGCUCUUACUCAAAAGAAUCAGCUGAUUUCAUUCCAAAAUGGGACUCCUAAAAGUGUAUGCCAGCUUCCAUUUGGAGAUCCUUGUGCAGUUCAACUUAUGGAUUCAGGUGGAGGAGACCUCCUUUUCGUCAUAUCCUUUAGGUCCAGUGAUGCUUGUGCUGUUUGGGAAAAGAACUUUCAGGUUGCUGCUAAGUGGGAGAAAGUUAGCUCAGUACUGGUAGAUGACUUUCUUGGAACUGGAACUGAACAAGUACUGCUACUUUUUAAGGACCCCUUGAAUUCAGAUUGCCUCAGUUCCUUUAAAAUAACAGACCUGGACAACUUAAACUAUUCAAGUGAAACAUUGGAUUACAAUGAAGAUGACUUACUUGACAACAAAAAGAAUUAUUUGGUGGUUCCACCUCUGGAAAGAAGAUUGAAAGUUGGUUUGGUUUCUGUUCAGGAAUUACAGCAGCAUCUCUUGCUUAAGGAAAAAAUUAUUUCAAAAUCUUACAAGGCUUUAAUGAACCUGUUUCAAGGGAAAGAUGAUAGUACAUCAAGUGCAGAGGAGAAAGAAUGUCUUGUCACUCUUUGUGGUGAAGAAGAACAUCCUGUCUAUACCCUUGAUGAAAAGUUAUCAGAUAAUUUUCAAGAUUCAGAACAGCUGGUAGAGAAGAUAUGGUAUCGUGUAAUAGAAGAUAGCUUGGUUGUUGGAGUGAAAACCACAUCUUCUUUGAAGGUGUCCCUGAAUCAUGUGACUUUAUCGCUGUCAAUGGAUCAAGCCCCUAACUCCAGCUUUCCGCUCAUUAAGUGUCAAAAUAGGGUGAUCAAGUUGAGUAGGAAAUCUUCCCCAGUACCAGGCUCAGUGCCAUAUGAAAUAGGAUCAGAGGUAAAAAAAAUCAAGUUGAGUGUUGAUAGUGAGGAAGAGGAAGAGAAAGAGGAAAGCAUUGUUUGUGUACAACCAUCUGAGAAAGAGUAUGUGCAGAUGAUUACUGCUGUAACAUCUCUUUCGCCACUUUUAGCAUUCAGUAAUUUUUGUUGCAUUGUGCUGCUACAAAUUAGAGAGGGAGAGAAUGGUAACCAUUCUGCAGCUCAUUAUGUUCAGUGUGGCAGAAUUUUUUUAAGUCUAGAAGAUCUUUCAAGUGGGAAAUACCUGCUGACAUUUCCAAAGAAGAAACCUAUAGAACACAUGGAAGAUCUCUUUGCGCUUCUCGCGGCCUGGCAGAGAGCUUGUUUUCAAAUCGUAUCACCCAGCUAUGCUCUGACUUCAAUGAAGGUGUGGCUCUUAGAACACAUGGAAUGUGAAGUUAUCAAAGAAUUUCCAGAAAUUUGCUUUUGCAAAAGGCCAGGAAGUUUCUAUGGGACACUCUUCAACUGGAAACAAAGAACACCAUUUGAAGGGAUUUUAAUAGUCUAUUCCAGGAAUCAAACAGUUUUGUUCCAGUGCCUUCAUAAUCUCAGCAGAGUUCUCCCUAUAAACAGUUUCUUCAAAUAUCUAAAAUUAGGAAGUGAGGAUUUCCUAAUUGGUAAUUUGGCAUUAGCUUUGGAGAAGGAAUUGGUUACCCUUGGUUCUUUUUCUUCUGCCUUAGUUAAGGUUGAAAGCAACUUGGUGCAGAGUUGUGAAGCAAGCAAAGAAAAGAGUAGUGGUGAUGUGGCUGCUUUAUCAGACAUAGAGGAAAGCAUCCAUCCCUACAGAAAAGAACUUCAGAGAGAAAAGAAGCAAAUGUUGGGGACGAACCUAAAAGUGAGUGGUGCCCUUUACAGAGAAAUGACUUUGAAAUUAGCUGAGGUUCAGCUGAAAUCAGACCUUGCUGCCCAGAAAAUGACUGAUUUAUAA